AGUGUUGUUUUUGGAUUUUCUGAACUAAAAUGUAUUCAAAUGUGUUUAAUAUUAUGAAAAAAAAUAUAGAAUUGAAGGUUUUUAUUAAAUGAAAAAGGAUUAUGAUCCAUUAAAAGGUUGUUUGGAAUUUCCAGUAGCCGCUCGUCUCGUUUGCCCGCGCUUCAGUUCCCGCCUCUCUCUCUGUCUCUCUGUCAGUGUCUCUUUUGGAGAACGAUGGUCGUUGCCUGAAGACUAGGAGCUUCACAGGAUGCUUAAUGUACAGCUGACAUGCAAGGUUGGUACUGGUUUGGAAAUGCUGGGUCGCGCUGCGCGUCGAUGGAUUUCCACGUCAUUCGCUGAGGGUCCCUUUGUCGAAGCGCCGAGGCCGUGGCUCUUCGUCGGCUUGGGAAAUCCGGGACAGAAAUUCCAAGGUACCAGACACAACGUUGGGUUUGAGAUGAUUGAUGCUUUUGCUGAAUCGGAAGGAAUCUCCAUGGACACGGUUCACUGUAAAGCCUUGUUUGGAAAAGGUCUUGUGGAAAAUACACCAGUAUUUCUGGCAAAGCCUCAGACCUAUAUGAAUUUGAGCGGUGAAUCAAGUGGACCACUUGCAGCAUACUAUAAGUUACCUCUCAGUCGUGUCCUCCUGGCUUUUGAUGAUAUGGACUUGCCAUGUGGAGUUCUUCGACUACAACCAAAAGGAGGACAUGGAGGGCACAAUGGGCUAAAGAGUGUUAUAUAUCACUUUCGAGGGAACAGUGAGUUCGCACGCUUAAGAAUCGGUAUUGGAAGGCCACCAGGCCAGAUGGACCCAAAGGCAUUUUUGCUUCAGAAAUUCAAUGCAACAGCUAGGGAACGGAUUGAUGCGGCUUUGAAAGAAGGCGUGGAAGUAUUGAGGCAUCUUAUCUCCAAGGGUUUGGCUGAAAGUUCAAGACGGUUCAACAAUGAGCAAAAGUACAAGCACUGUAACUUGUGAGGACCAUGACCAUCUAAGUAGUUCGCAAAAAUGAUGUUGAUAUGAUAAUUUUGGUUUUUGAACAAGCAGCUGGGGCAAGUAUAUGCCGGCAUCAUCUCACAUAUAAUUCAUCUGUUAAAGGAUCACAAGAAAGACAUUGCAAGCUCAAAUCAGCAUCCCAAGAAUGCCAUAUUGUCCCCGACAAAGCUCAUAUCAUUCUUGAGGGGCUGGAAGUGGAUGACGAUGGUUGCCUUUUCUGCUGCACAACGCACAUUUUAAGUUGGUAUUUGCUAAUGCUGUAACUUACCUGCCCAUAUUUGAGAUGGAUAAUGUAAACUAAAAAGUUGUUGGCAUGGAAGGUUUUUGCUAUUUGUUGUGAAUU